AUGGUUUCUGUAGGUUCAAAAGCAUUGCCAUCAAGAAGGUCCUCCUCAACGGGGAAGAAAAAGUGUAAGAAACCUAAGAAGGGUUCUACUGAUGAUUAUCACGAUUAUCACGACAAUCACUCGCGUAUCAGAAAACAGGUCGACCCUGAAACAACUAAAUACUUGUCUGAAAUCGCCAAUCUAUUUGAAAGCGACAGUGUUGAAUUCGAAGAACGGUCACUCAUAUGUGCUAAUGCCCUAGAAGAAACAAAAGGAAAAGAAUUCGAAAUCGCAACUGAUUAUAUUCUCAGCCACACUUUGGAAACCAUUCUCCAAGCCUCUGAUCUUCACACCCUCUCUUCUUUCCUUCACAGCUGUGCUAAACACUUUCCCUUCAUUGCCAUGGAUAGAUCAGGUUCUCAUGUUGCACAAACUGCUAUUAACUCCCUUGCUUCUCAUCUUCAAUACGACCCCCAGCUUCAUUCCCUCGUUCAGGAGGCUUUAACUGUCAUAUGCGAUGUCAUUGCGGCUAAUUCUCUUGAUCUUAUGUCUAACUGUUAUGGCUCCCAUGUGCUGAGGACUCUUCUCUGUCUCUUGAAAGGAGUGCCCUUCGACAAAUCUGGAUACUAUUUGUCUAAAUCAACUACUGCGCUGGCUGAACGCUUGAAUUUCAAACACUUUUCUUCAAACGAACAUGCCUUUCUCCCUGCUUUUCCUAAUUUAUUGAAUUCACUUGUCUCGGAGAUGUUUAAACUUUCUACAAACUCGAUCAAGGAUUUACAGUUUGACCAAUUUAGCUGUUUGGUUUUUCAGACAACUCUAAGGGUGUUGGUAGGCAAUGAUGAACUUUUGUUACAUGUCAUUCCUAUCCUUCUUGGCUGCAAGAAUAAGACCAACACAGACGGGAAUUUUAUAGAGACUACAGUGCUGCCGGGGCUCAAGCAUUUGUUUAAAGAACCUGCCUUUAGCCAUCUAAUGGAGGUUGUUUUAGAAGUGUCUCCCGUGGCCUUGUUCAACGAAUUGUUCACAAAAGUGUUCAAGAAUUCCUUGUUAGAUUUAUCAUCUCAUCAACAUGGAAACUUUGUUGUUCAAGCAUUGAUUUCCCAUGCAAGCGACCAAGAUCUGAUGGAGCUGAUCUGGGAUGAACUUGGGCCAAAUCUGGAGGAUCUUUUCCAAAUGGGAAGGUCAGGAGUAGUUGCUUCACUUAUUGCUGCAUGUGAAAGGCUUCACAUUAAUGAACAGAAGUGUUGUCAAGUGCUUGCUAAAACAGUAUGUUUAGCAGAUGAGAAUUCAAAAUGGAUUGUUCCACGACUACUAUUUCUUGAUAGCUAUUUCACUUGUGAAGAUAAAUCCAACUGGAUCUGGCCUUGUGGAGCCAAAAUGAAUGUCAUGGGGUCUCUGAUUCUGCAAACAAUAUUCCGGUUUAAUAGUGAAUAUAUAAAACCUUUUAUCACCAGUAUAACAUCCAUGGACACGACUCAAGUUCUCGAAGUGGUGAAAAAUGCUAGAGGAUCACAUGUUGUUGAGGCUUUUUUGGGUUCAGGUGCUCCUGGGAAACAGAAGCGCAGAUUGGUUUCGAAACUACAGAAGCAUUUUGGAGAGGUUGCACUCCACCCAUCAGGUGCUUUUACCAUUGAAAAGUGCUUCACUGCCUGUAAUCUAUCUCUAAGAGAGACUAUAGUGUCUGAAUUAUUGGCUGUGCAAAGUGAGCUUUCCAAGGCAAAGCAGGGCUCUUACCUAUUGAGGAGAUUAGAUGUUGAUGGAUUUGCUGCGAGUCCAGAUCAUUGGAGGUCAAAGCAAGUAUCAAAAGAAUCUACUUAUAAAGAUUUUUAUGCUACGUUUGGCUCCGGUGAUACAAGAUCUUCCAAAAAUGAUGGUUUUCUGGCUGACACUUCAAAUAAUAAAUCUAAUCCAAAUAAUGUGAAGGAAAUGAGAAAAGAAAUUGACCAAUCUCUUGGUUCUUCAUUUCUGAGCACGGAUAGCUUGAACAGAAACCCAAAAAAAGCAAAGAAAAACAAGAAAAAUGCUGAGAUUGGUGGAAAUGAAGAUGACUCUAGUAGGAAAAAGAAAAAGUCUAAGAAGGAAAAGGUUGAGAGUGGAUAUGAUAAUGCUGCUACUGAGGAAGACAGGAAAACUGCAAAGAAACGACAAAGAAAUCGUGAAGCAUCUGAGGCUUCUGGGAAGAAAUUAAAGACAUCAGAUGAGUAG